ACAAGAAGAGAAGAAAAAAUACGUUUUUUGAUUUACGUCGAAGUGUGUCGAUCUGCGUCGUGUGGAAGAUUUUAUGGAGACCAGUUUUCACUGUAUCAAUAUUUAUGUUGGACAUUAUUCAUACACAGGCUCAUCAAUAGCCGACAGUGUCGGCAGACAAUGCGGACAGCAUGUCGAUGAAUGGCGUGCGGUUAUUUGACGAGAUUAGUACCAGGUGCACUUUAGACCAUCGAUGACGUGCCCGGCCCAACUCGAUAAUGUAUUCAAAGCGAUGUAGGCUUUUUCAAAGAUGUCACCGACUGUUUUCCACUGUGAAAUUCAGUAGAAUCGUCGCCGAGGUAGUGGACGCAGGAUUCUAUCAUAGUGAUUAAAUAAGAAGAAAAUAAAUUACAACUUCUGCGGCUGUCGAGUGUGAAACGCAGAGAUGCUUCUGCUGACCCUUUCCUUCCUCAACCUGAUCGCUCUUCAUGAGUUGACAGAAGUCAGUUCAAGACAUCGCGCAGAGGCUCCGUGGACGUACGACAGCGCUAGGAAGAUGUGCGUUCAGGAACUCGUCACCAAGGACGGCGUGGCGAUGACGAGGGCCUACAGACUGCGGCAGAUCGCCGUGCGCCGAGACCAGGUCCGCUGUAUCUACGAGCAGUGCACCACGGAGGGUAUGAAACCAUACAAGAGGAGAAACAUGGUGGUGGCAGCGUGCUGGGAUCGCCACGCCAAGAGAUGUCGUCGUGUCCACUCAGAAUUCUACUUCUACAACCUCGUCGCCAUUGACUGUGGAACGAUCAAGUGCGACGGAAGCUCACAACUUGAAGUCAAACAGGAAGGCUGCUAUGACAAGAAAACGAAGCGGUGUUUUCAGCCGAACGCUAACCAAACCACAGUGGACGAAACCGGGGUGUGCACCUUCAGGGAGUGUCAGUCUCUCGGACCCCUCCGAGUCGGCUGGACAGAAUCGUUCCCGUGUCCCGAAGUCUGACCUCAUUCCAGAUGGAUAUUGUAUGGACAGUGGCGACAAAGGACAACACAACAAACAGAUGAACUAAACACAACUGCAAUUAAUUUAUUAAAAAUUAAAUUAAAUGAAAAACAAA